AAGUGGAGGCUCCUCCACAGCGGUGUGACACGAUCAGAGAGGAGGAGGAGGAGGAGGGGAGAGAGAGAGAGAGAGAGAGUAAGCAGAGGGUAAUCAGUCGGUCCAGCACUCAGAGGCAGCAUCAUGGCACCUAUCGGAUUAAAGGCGGUGGUCGGCGAAAAGAUUAUGAACGAUGUUAUCAAGAAGGUGAAGAAGAAGGGAGAAUGGAAGGCUCUGAUUGUGGACCAGCUGAGCAUGAGGAUGUUGUCAUCCUGCUGCAAGAUGACAGACAUCAUGACAGAGGGCAUCACCAUUGUGGAGGACAUCAUGAAACGACGAGAGCCGCUGCCGAGCCUGGAGGCCAUUUAUCUGAUAACACCCACAGAGAAGUCUGUCCACACCCUCAUUGCAGACUUCAAAGACCCUCAUUCAUCCAAAUACAAGGCAGCCCAUGUUUUCUUCACUGACUCCUGCCCCGAUCCUCUCUUUAAUGAGCUGGUGAAGAGCCGGGCUUCCAAAGUCGUCAAGACUCUGACGGAGAUCAACAUCGCCUUCUUGCCCUACGAGUCUCAGGUGUAUUCUCUGGACAAUCCAGAUGCCUUUCACAGUUUCUACAGCCCUCAUAAGACCCAGCUGAAGAACCCAGUGAUGGAGAGGCUGGCUGAGCAGCUGGCGACGCUCUGUGCCACCCUGAAAGAGUAUCCUGCUGUCAGAUACCGAGGGGAGUACAAGGACAACGCCACCCUGGCCCAGCUGGUUCAGGACAAACUUGAUGCGUACAAGGCUGAUGACCCCACCAUGGGAGAGGGUCCGGAUAAGGCUCGCUCACAGCUGAUCAUUCUGGAUAGGGGAUUUGACCCUGUCUCACCCGUCCUGCACGAGCUCACCUUUCAGGCUAUGGGCUACGACCUGCUGCCCAUUGAAAAUGACGUCUACAAAUAUGAGACCAGCGGCAUCGGAGACUCACGUGAGAAAGAGGUCCUUCUGCAUGAAGACGAUGACCUGUGGGUGAGCCUGAGACACAAACACAUAGCCGAGGUGUCCCAGGAAGUGACACGCCAGCUGAAAGACUUUUCUUCCAGCAAGAGGAUGAACACCGGAGAGAAGACCACGAUGAGGGAUCUCUCCCAGAUGCUGAAGAAGAUGCCUCAGUAUCAGAAGGAGCUCAGCAAGUACUCCACUCACCUGCAGCUGGCUGAGGAUUGCAUGAAGCAUUACCAGGGAACAGUGGACAAACUGUGCCGUGUGGAACAGGAUCUGGCUAUGGGCACAGAUGCUGAGGGAGAGAAGAUCAAAGAUCCCAUGAGGGCCAUUGUGCCCAUCCUGCUGGAUGCCAAUGUCAGCACAUAUGACAAGAUCCGCAUCAUCCUGCUUUACAUUUUCCUUAAGAACGGCAUUACGGAGGAGAACCUCAACAAGCUGAUCCAGCAUGCUCAGAUUCCCCCUGAAGACAGUGAGAUCAUCACCAACAUGGGUCACCUGGGCGUCCCCAUCAUCACAGAUUCCACCCUCCGCAGAGGGAAAAAGGUCGACAGAAAGGAGCGUGUGAGUGAGCAGACCUAUCAGCUGUCCCGCUGGACACCGCUGAUCAAGGACAUCAUGGAGGAUGCUAUUGACGAUAAACUGGACACCAAGCACUAUCCUUACAUCUCUACCCGCUCCUCUGCGUCCUUCAGCACCACUGCAGUCAGUGCUCGGUACGGCCACUGGCACAAGAACAAGACACCCGGAGAGUACCGCACUGGGCCACGUGUCAUGGUAUUCAUCAUCGGCGGCGUGUCUUUCAGCGAAAUGCGCUGUGCCUAUGAGGUCACACAGGCCAAUGGGAAGUGGGAAGCCAUCAUUGGUUCCACCCACAUGCUCACCCCCACCAAAUUCUUAAAGGACCUGCAGCAUCCCGACUUCCGAGAGUCCACUAGGGUGUCCUUUGAGGACCCUGACCCCUCAGCCGAGUGAGGCAGAGACAGAUUGGGAGGGAGGGAGAGAGAAAUCACACAGAAAAAAGAUCGACCCACAUCUUCACUCCCACCAGCCUGCUGGAGCAGCUCAAGGCCAUGAACAAACCAGACGAGGAAGUGACGAGCUAAAAAUCCUCCAAUCAGUCUCUCUCCUCUUAACCUUACUCCCACCCCCAUCCCACCCC